AUGGCUUACCCCUCACGCACGAUCGCGUUCCAAGCCGCUGGAAUGAUCACUUCCAUCGUGGAAAACUUGCAAACGCAUCAGGAGAUUCGAUAUACACCAGCGUUCAUCUUGUUCUCGGCUCUGAUCAUGCACGUUUACCAAAUGCGAUCGUCUGUGCCAACAGUUGUGGCAACCUGCCAGGAGAGAAUCAAUAUAUGUAUGCAAGCUCUGAAAGAUGUCUCCAAAGUCUGGCUUGUGGCCAAGAUGGUCCGUACUCUGUUCGAAUCCAUUCUGGGAAACAAAGUUCUGGAGGAGCGUCUCCAGAAAGCUGCAGGGAAAAGGCACCAAAGGAUAAGGCACGACACGGCGCAACAUCAGCCCCCAAGAAAACCGGAUCCGCCAAAGCGGAAGUUCGACGAUAUGGAUCUUGGUUUGCCAAAUGGGGGUCCCACACCACCAGUCUCCUAUGAACGCUCGCGGCCUCAGACGCCUGCAGUGACUCCCUCAAGGGAAAUGGGACAACCUGGAUUGAACGUUCCUCAAGGCUCUCCUACCGGUCCUCCAGCAGGCAACUCUCGAGGCAAUACGCGGCCGACAACUCCAUUUAAUGCUCAAUUUUCCCUUCCUGCAACGCCACCCGACCUCUUCCUUGUCACGCGUACUUCACCCAACCUUUCGCCUUCGCUGUGGGAGAACUUCCAGCCCGACCAGUUGUUCCCUGAUGGCACUGCCAUCUUCCCUGAGCUGACUUCCCCGCAGCAGACUGCCGUCGAUCCACAAUUACAGAUGUCCUCUCAGUUACAGACACAAGGCAUGGAUCAGCGACAUAUGAUGCCGCAUCAGAUGUCCUCCCGAGGUCUUCCCGGAACACAGGGAAGCCCGGAGAUGAUUUCGAACAUCCCCCCGGGAUUGGGCAUGCAAGGUCAGCAACCACCACAGGUGUUCGGAAUGGAGAAUCAGCAGCCUUGGCCCAUGGCAGGUUUAGAGGCAGCCCUGCAUACCGGGGUGGAGGCUGCUAGCCAGGAUGACACCUGGAGUAAUAGCUCCCGAAGUGGGCCAACCGCACCGACGACUUUGAACGUGGAAGACUGCAUGAAUAUGGAAUGUAUAUGCGAUGACGACCCUUCAUCAUGA